AAAAACAAAACACUGGAGACCACACCAGAGAAGGCAGAACACUUCUGACAGGACGCUCAUGUCAGCAUGGAAGUGAGAGCUCAGCAGCGGCUCAGAUGGAAUCUGGACCUUAAAAUCGAGUCAUCAGCGGAGCGUUUUUUUUCCGAGGGUGUAUCUUUUCCCUUAUAUGGGAAGGCAGCAGGAAAAUGAUUUGAAUUAGUCUGGUUUCUGCUGCACGCCUGUCUGGAUUUAGUGCUGACUGAGUUGCAUCUGUUUUUGUCUUUGCUUAGUGAGAGCAUGUGGGUGCAGCCGAUUUGUUUAUUUCAACUUCUCUAUUUCUUUUGUGUUUUGGAAAGAGAGCAGAGGUUGUGUUUGUGGUAAAGACACGGUCCUUGCCUGAAGGCUGUUUUUGCCUUUUGUUUAUAGUUCAUCUGUGGACUUACCGACUCACCUGAAGGACCAUCAUUUUUCAUCUAGAUCAUAAGAUCUCAACAAACCAGCGGAGGACUAUUUUCUGUCCCUAAUUCAACAGGAUGUGUGACCUGCUGGAAACAAACACAGAUCCAGGAAGUCUCAGCUGAUAGACCAGUCAUCAAGUCGUCACCUCAUUGACUUUCUUCUUUGACAGAGAAUAACAGGAGAUCUUGAAGGAUAAGAAACUUGGACCGUUUCUCAACCUCAUGUGGACUACACUCAGCAGAGUAUCUCCCAACGUUGAAAGCCAUGGCUGUGGCAGCGUGGUACCAUCGUGACAUCAGUCGAGUCCACGCAGAAGACUUGCUGGCUCGGGCAGGAAGAGAUGGCAGCUACCUGGUGAGGGACAGUGAGUCUGUACCUGGAGCCUACGCCUUAUGUCUUCUGUUCCAACGUCAUGUUCACACAUAUCGCAUUCUCCCAGACGUGGAUGGACUUCUGGCAGUCCAGACAACACAGGGUGUGCAGGUCAACUGUUUCCGGACCUUGGAGGAUCUAGUUUUAGGUUACCAGCAGCCGCACAAGGGGCUGGUCACUCCAUUGCUCUUCCCGGUCCCCCGCGAUUCGGACACUGGGGAGGAAAGCUCAGAUGACGAGAAGCUGCCAUCACUUCCUGCCUCUGUCAGUUUGGUGCCUGUGACAUCAUCACCCCCAAAACCAUCAUGUCACGCCUUAUUCCUGGACAAGUUGCAGGAGUUAAACACUUCCAGUAUUGCGGACGAUGUGAUCGGUCUGCUGAACAACUACCUCUUCAGUGAGUUGCCUCUUGAUAUCGAAAACGUUCACAAAGGUGCAACGACGCUCUGCCACCUCAAGCGAACUCUGGGUACCGCGUGCCAAGGCCUCAACAGUGAGAUUGAUCUGACGCUCUCGAGUUUGGAAACUUUGGCCAAAGUCUUCGACCACCCGAGCUGCUCCAUGUCUCAAACCAAGGGUCAGGAGAUGGACAUUGACGCCUUGUUGUAUAAGAUUUCUGCUUUGGUUAGCCUUCUUUCAUCGCUGGAAAAAAAGGUGGUGAAGGCUCUACAAGAUGCGGUCACCAGUCACAAUCUGGCUGCCCAGCCCGUCCCUGCUCCACCUGGACCUUCACAAAGCACACAAAAUUCAGGCAAACAUUAUGCUCGUCAAAUGCCUGUGUAUUCCUUUCAAGUGAAGCUGCUGCGUUACGGACGGCAGACAGUCUCAUUGGAUGUGGAUUCAGGGGUGAUACUGUUUGACCGGAAGGCUCAUUCUUUUGCUGCAGAGAGGAUCACACAUGAUAGAAUCCUUCAGAUUGUGAAGUUCCAGAGCAGUCCUUCCAAGAUACGCAUGGCGAUUGACAGUCAUCACAGCCCACCUCGAGAGCUGACAUUUGAGAGUGCACGGAAAUGCGAGGCCUUUUGCCAGCUUGUCCUGGUGAUGAAAGGUCGACACUCGCAGCUCAGCGACCCUGAUGUCAUCUCUGUGUUCGUCGGCACCUGGAAUAUGGGUGGUUCCCCCCCUCCCCGCAGCCUGCAGUCAUGGGUUACCUGCUGUGGUUUGGGACGGACCCCGGACGACUCGAUGGCCUUGCUGCCUUAUGACGUCUAUGCUUUGGGGACUCAGGAGAAUCCUCAGGGGGAGAAAGAGUGGACCGAGAAUAUCAAAGCAACCCUUCGCAGCUGCACUCACAUCGACUUCAAGCAGGUGGCAGUGCAGUCCCUCUGGAACAUGAAGCUGGCGGUGUUGGUGAAGCCUGAACACGAGGGUCGCAUCAGCCACAUAAACACGGCCUGUGUGAAGACAGGCUUAGGGAAUGCGUUAGGAAACAAGGGAGCAGUCGGAGUGUCUUUCCUCUUCAAUGGGUCAUCUUUUGGGUUCGUCAACUGCCAUUUGACCUCCGGAAGUGACAAAGUCUUGAGGAGAAACCACAACUUUGUUGACAUUCUCAGACUGUUGUCUCUGGGGGACAAACAUCUCAGUGCGUUUGACAUCAGCCUGAGGUUCACACAUCUCUUCUGGUGUGGAGACCUCAACUACCGCCUGGACUUGGACGUGCAGGACAUUCUGAAGCAUGUUUCCAAGAGGGAAUUUGAGGAGCUGAUGUGUGCGGACCAGCUGACCAGGGAGCGACACAAGAGGAAGGCGUUUCUAAAUUUCAAGGAGGAGAAGAUCACCUUCCCACCCACCUAUCGAUACGAGCGCGGCUCCAGGGACUGUUAUCUUUGGCAGAAGUACAAGACCUCUGGUGUGCGAGUCAACGUCCCGUCAUGGUGUGACAGGAUCUUGUGGAAGUCCUACCCUGACACACAUGUUGUGUGCACAUCAUAUGGAUGCACGGACGACAUCUUUACCAGCGAUCAUUCCCCUGUUUUCGCCACUUUCCAAGUGGGUGUGACCCCGAAGUUCAGCUGGAAAACAGAUCCAGGUUCUGGAGUGGAAAAAGCAUGGAUCGAGCUUGAGGGCAUUGAGGCCAUUGUGAAGACGGCGAGCAAAGAAAAGUUUCUCAUCGAGUUUUACUCGCCUUGUCUUGAAGAGACACGACGAUCAUCUGAGAAUGACUCCCAGAGUUGUGAUGUCCCUGGGUUCCUAAAGUUGGCCUGGUCCUUGAAGCAGCUGCCAAAGCUGUUCCCGAUCAAGUCUGACAUGGAAUUUCUUCAGGACCAGCAUCUGCUGUUGUCUGUCAAGUCCUGUGAUGGGUUUGAGUCUUAUGGUGAAUGUUGUGUGGCUCUGCGUUCUCUGACUGGAGGGUCAGAGAAGUUUGAGACCUUGCUGAGUCACAGAGGAGAGGAAAUCGGUUCUAUCAGGGGACGUGUGAGAAUCCAUGUCCCCAAGGACAAACGGGGAACCCGAAAGAAGAUCUAUGACUUGUUCUGUUUUGAGAAGGAUGUUAGAGGUCCAGGCCGGGGACAUGUGUGUCCCACACCUACACAGGUCUCAGCCAACAGAUCCCCUACAGUGGUGUCCAAACCCACCCCGAGCAGCUACACCAAUCCAGCCUACUACAUCUUCGAAGGCGUGUCAGUGGUCCGCAGGGCAGAAGAACCUGUCCCCAAAAGAAGUGACCCCCAGGUCAUCUGGGCCGGAAACGAGGCGCUGCAGCUGCCGAAAGUCUCAGGACGACUGAACCGAAGACACAACCGCAGAUCAGACUUCACUGAGAUCGAGAUCCCAGCCAUUUUGCCUCAGUACUCCCUCACAAAUGAUCUCAGUUCAACCAAAACAAACUCUUCUUAUCAGCUUUUCCCCACAAAGACCCCCGCUCCCAUCAGCGCACCCUCGACUAAAGCAGUCCCUCUGUAUCAGGAGCAGGCACCAAAGCCUAAGUAUAACAAAAGAAGCAUUGAUCAGGACUCUAUUCUUCCGGAGAAGAACCUGAGGAACUUAUACAUGAAUCACUCUGUGAUCAUCAAGGAAAAAGACCUAAGAGAUCAACGGCAACUUCCCCAGGAUAGAACCAAUCACCCUCAGAAGACCAAACCUGCAUUUUCUUACCUCCCUACACGUACAGAACAGUGUCGCAGUUCUGUCCCCUGGACUGUGGAGGUUCCUGCUCCAGCACCAAUUGGAGACCACUCACUCACUGCUCUGCAGAUUGCAAAGUCGCUGAGCGAGGUGGACUUCUUCCCUUCAAACCGGGACAGCUCUCUGAUCACCAACCAGAUUCCCAACUUCAGACAGGGGCCCGCAGUGUAUGAGAGGCGCUACAGCUGGGAGAAGGAUAUCUCUGUCCUUCAGGGAGCACCCGAGACCAUCCGGGAGCUUCUGAGCGCCCUGGGACUUCAGAAAUACACUCUGGGACUCAGUCUCAACGGCUGGGAUGAUCUGGAUUACUUCAGUGGCAUCACAGAAGAGGACCUACGAGCUGCUGGUGUCAUUAACCCGUCGCAUAGACGCAGGAUCCUGGAAAACCUGCCCCGGAACUGGAACUGACAGAUUUGCCUGAGACUCAAUCUGAAUCACAGCUGGUACCUUUAACUCUCAUCUGAAAUAUUAAUCCAAGUUUAGAGACGAUUUUUGCACAGAGAGAGAGGUUGCUUCAUGGAUUAGAAUGUUUCAAGGUAACGGAGUCAUUUUCGAUUUGCACCGACAAAGAUGACCUGAAUAAAGAUUUUUAUCAUCAUCUUGGAGCUCACUGAAUGAUCGUGUUUAUUUUUCAUGGUCACCUCGACGUGUCAGCUUCAACCUAGCACAUUAGAGUCUGUAAUAUAAACCAUUGCUGCAUGUUCACCGGGACAGUUCUGACCAUUGCCUCC